UCAACGAGCGUUAAAACUUCCCAAAGAACUCGGCAAGCACACAGCUCUUCGUAUCUUCCUCAACUGAAACACAGGUAUGUUCCUUCGCUGUAUUUCAACCAGGAUAAACAACUCACCCGAAAAAUCAGAGAAUUUCUCAAAAAGCCGCCUCUUAACUCCCAAGAAUAUUUCGAUAUGUUAUGGUUAAGAAGGCAAAGCGAGCCAUCUGGUAACAAAGAUGACGACGAUUUACGCCGCAUUAAAAGUGCGCCAUCGUCACCCGAUGAACUUUCAAAGAAGCUUUGGCAUUUGCUUCCUGAAAAGCGGACAAUACAAUCGAUGAUUCUACCUCCGAUUAGAGAUGGUUGUCUUGGUAACUAUCACAGCAAACACACUUCAAAGGCGACGGCUCCACUUGUCGACUCGUCGGUUGAUGUUAUGGAUCAACUUAAAUAUUGCCGAUAUCUCCGGCCAAGGCCGACCAAGGCAUGGGCAGUUACGGCUCAAGGCAUAUAG